ACAAGUGUCAAAAUCAAGUACAUCUGUGUUAGGUAUUUCAAUAUUUGUGUAUUUGUAAUUUGAAAUGAACUAGAAUAGAAAAAGUAACCGUAUUUUACAGAAAAGCUUUUGCGAAUAUCAAUAAUAAAUAUGUCGUUGGCUUUUCGCAAAGCACCUCUUGAAUUGUUAUCCGCGUCAAAAUGGAUUUUUCGAAGAGAAUUACGUCCAUUAUCCACGCUGCCUGAAAAGGCUGAAGCUGUAGAAGUAGAAGAUACAUCUGUGGAAACGAAGCGGACUCCCGGGCGCAGACCUCGUUCGCAAAAUCCAGUUCUUGAAUACAGACAUGUUUAUCCAGAAUUUUUGCCAGACCCUAAUCCUAAAUGGCGCAACAGUCUGAGAGAAAAGUUAGAACGAGCAGAUAUGUUAAAUCGAAGAAACCAAGUAGAUAUACCAGAAUUUUAUGUUGGUUCAAUUUUAGCUGUCACAAUAUCUGAUCCUCAUGCUCAGGGUAAAACAAAUAGAUUUGUGGGCAUAUGCAUAGAGCGUAAAGGAUGUGGCUUAAGAGCUGAAUUCACUUUAAGAAAUGUUGUGGAUCAUCAGGGUGUUGAGGUCCGAUAUGACUUAUAUGAUCCCACGAUUCAGUCGAUACAAGUGCUACGUCUUGAAAAGAGGCUUGAUGACAAGUUGUUCUAUCUCCGAGAUGCCCUGCCUGAGUACAGCACUUUCCCAUUUGAUAUGGACCCUGAGAUAGUGCCUGAUGGGACGCCUGUUCCAGUCAAUACUGUGCAGGUUCAACUAAAACCAAGACCAUGGUUGGAGAGAUGGGAAAGACAAGAGCUGAAGGGAGUUUCUAAUAUUGAAGAGCACUUAAAGGAAAAAGAUAGAGUAAGAAGAGAAUUAAGAAAGACACCAUGGGAGAAAUAUGACCUUAUGAAACAAUAUAGGAAAACAAUUCCAAUGGAGGAACAAAAUGAGAUUUGGGGAGAAGUGUACAAUCAGCUUCAACAAAUGAAGUUGUCACGAAAGAAAAUCGCGCGGAAACGUGUCACUACGGCUCCUAAACCACAACUUGGUUAACUGUUAACAGUAAAAUUAGUAGUUUUAGGUACUUAUAAAUAAAAUAAUCAUACAAUUUAAA